UUGAGCGUCAGUUCCAUAAUGGCUGAAGAUCCCGGAGGAGCAUUCUGUAAUUUCACUCUUAUUUUUAUCGUUUCUUCGUUAUCUCUGCUGGGAAGAUGGCAGGGCACACAACCUCGAUAAACGUCCACAGACCCCCGCUGUCGUCAUGCCCAAGAAAGGGAACCGAAAACGGCUGAAAUUUAAAGCCGAUGAUGUUUGCUCGGAGUCAGUAACUGUGGCUGACUAUGCCAACGCCGACCCUGCCAUCGUGAAGUCGGGAAGAGUUAAAAAGGCUGUUGUUAAUGCAAUUGAAAAAGAAGUGAAAUUACUUUGUGGUCUCGAGGCAUCCCAGGGUCCUGUGCAGGAGGUGCUGUCCUCUGCUGGUGGUGUGAGUAAUGGAGCCCCUGGCAGCAGUGAUGAACUGGACUCAGAAGAAGGGGAUGAAGUCAAAGGGACCCGCAAAAAGAAAAACAAAAGGCGUAAAGAAGAUAGUGAGAGCACAGAUGGAGGAGAAUAUCCUAUUGAUAUUUGGCUUGUGCUUGCCACAUACAUUCGGCCAGAGGAUGUUUGCAGAUUUGCUCUAAUCUGCAAGAAUGCUUGGACCGCCACGUGCACAGCUGCAUUUUGGACACGACUUUACAAAAGGCACUAUAAUAUUGAUGCAGACCUCCCUGAUCGACUUCAGCCUGAUUCUAUGGCAAAGAUGCAUUGUCUUCGCGCCCGUGUGAUAUGUUCGCUUUUUCACCUAUAUGAACCGUUUAGCUUGCGGGUGUCCAAAAACCCUCCUUUCCCAGAAUCCACACCUACAACACUGCUGAAUUCCAAGUGUUUGUUGUUUUGGGUCAACAAAGUCCCUGGAAGUAGAUCGGAGCCAAUGUGGGAAUUUAACUUCAAAUUUGUCAAGCUGCCAACUAGAACCAAAAAUGGAUGUGACCCAGGUCUUCCGCUGCCCAGGCAGUAUAAAGACGUUCACACUAAUCCAGACUCUGACUGUUAUCUGUUGCGAGUCACCACACUAAAUUUCAUUUUCACGUCUGUUGUUAUGGGCAUGACAUUAACCUUGUUCACUAUUAAUGUGAGUACAGACAUGAGGCAUCACAGAGUACGCCUGGAGUUCCAGGAUUCACCAGUCAUUCGUGGGAAGAAGCUGAGGGGUGAGCAGGGGGUGCAGGUAGUGCUAGACCCCGUCCACAGUGUGCGCCUCAUGGACUGGUGGCAUCCUCAGUACCCUAUGUCUUUAUAUAAUUAGACUAAACAGCUCCAAUCCAUCACAAAACCUUUGUAGAUUACUUGUUUUAUCCCAGAAUGUUCCAAGACAGCUUUGUCCCUUGGAAGAAUUAUUUUUCCGUGUUUCUUUAGUUUUACACAUUGUACUUGGUACACUAGUUUUAUGGAUUUAAUGUUUUCUUUGUACCGUAACUGGCUUAGACCUUUAAGUAGACACCUUAUUUUUGUAAAGGUCUGUUCGAUAUUUACGAUAAUGUCAGAUUGUCACAACCUAUGUUUUUCACAGUUUUUGGUCCAAUUGAAGCUUGUGGUAAAAUGUGUUUUAUUGGCAGAACUACCGACCCACUUGUGAUGCAUUUGUGGAUUUUUGUCCUUCAGAUUUUGUGGCAAAAAGAAAUUUAGUGUACCAAAUAAAAUAUGGCAUCUAUUUUAA